AGCUGCUCUUAUUUAGUGCUGCUGUUCAGUGUUUUGACAUUACUUCAACCAGAGAAAGCAGUGAUUGGAUCACACAUCUUGACUGAGCCUUCAUGCCAUCAAAAGAACAUGAACUGGAUGACUUGGGUUUUCUUUGUGAGCCUUCUGAGUAUUUGUCUUGUAUCCCAAGAAACGAACAAUACCUGCCCAAAGGAUAAGAGUUGUGACAAACUCAGAACAUGUUUGAGCGACAAAAAUCCACAUUUGGUUGUUGUUGAUAACUUCAAUGGCGUCAUCAGUGCACAAAAACAGUGGAAUCAAACAGGAAAUGGUUGCAUAAUAUUUCUGAAGAAAAACUCAACAGAAAAACAGUUGAAGAGACAGUGGCCUCAAAUAGAGAAAAAGGAUGGUGCCUAUCUACUACUCCUUUCAAAAUGGCAUUUCAACGAUAAAUGUCCAAUACGUCUGUUUGUCCUGCAAGGAAACUGCAACACCACAGUGUCUGGCCUCACAGAUUCAGAGUGCAUCUUCAAUCACACUGUCACAGGAUCUUGCCAGGUUAGAUGUUUGGAUACAAAGACCAUAUGUGAACAAUCAACUUAUGAAGAAAAAUACUGCAGGGAUCAACAGGUCCAGGACAAGUACUUCAUCAACAUAACAGCAACAAACAAAAGCUGUCUCAACUGUGAUAAUCCAGUGAAAAAGCCUGAGAAGGAACUUGAUUCCGAUUAUCUCAAUAAGCGCAAUAUGACAUUAAACCAUAAUGUAGGAGAAGAAACUGAUGCUGCCCAAGCUGCUGGAUUUAUGAACAAAAUGGCCAACCUCGCCGCCUCCAUCAAUGGGUCUUCAGCUACAGUGACUGUGGGAGAAGGAGUCACGGGUAUCUUAGUGAGAGAAACAGACCCUGUGAACAUAGACGAAGUCUCCUUUGCUUAUGUGUCUCCAAAUGACAGCAUGAGUAUUAUAGAAAGCAGAGAUAAUCUGCCUCAAUUUUCAAGAUCUGUUACAGUGUCAAAAGAAGCGUUUGAAAAAGCUGUCAGUUUGAACGUUAGAGUUCCAUUUGCAGCUCUUUUCCGAUUCACCAAUCUAACUAAGGAUGAGAUGAACAGCGCUGUUCUCGGUAAUGAGGUUUUAGCGGUCGAAAUGGGAACCAGUAUCACCAAUCUCACAGACAAAAUAUCCCUCAAUUUUCUGAAUAUGAAAUACGAAGGAAUUGCAUCUUGUCAAUCAUGGAAUGGUGAAGGAAGACGACCAAACUGGACGGGUGACGGAUGUCGGACAAUAAAUGUUGGAGAGAACAUUACAUGCCUGUGUUCACAUUUGACAUUUUUUGCUAUCUUAUUGACUCCUCCUAAUGAAACAGUGUCUAGUUAUGACCUGAACAACCUUACCAUCAUCACCCAAGUUGGCUGUGGAUUGUCCAUAUUCUUCCUCAGCAUAAUCCUCUUCAUGCACUUCCUUCUGAGGAGGACCAAGGCCAGUAAAGCCACAAGGAUUCUCAUCCACCUGGUGUCCGCCAUGUUCCUGCUUAACUUUACUUUCCUGAUCAACAGCUAUGUGGCAAAACUGAAGAGCACUGUGGUCUGUAAGAUCAUGGCUGCUUUCAUGCACUACUUUAUGUUGGCCACUUUCACUUGGUUUGCUGCGCAGGCUUUCCACCUCUGGCUGCAGCUGUACAAUGGGGGCAAAAUUGCAAUCCAUCACUACAUACUCAAAGUCUCCAUUACCACUUGGGUACUACCAAGUGUUGUUGCGAUUGUCCUGCUCAUCAUAGGAAAAUAUGGUGAACAAGUCAUCUACACUAAUGACACUAAAAAAAACGUGGCCAUGUGCUGGAUAACAGACAGCAACGUCCACUACAUUGUUAACAUAGGCUACUAUGUGUUGAUCUUCCUCUUCACCUUCACUACCUUCAUCAUCAUACUGUCCUGGCUCAUUUGUCUCAAGAGAACCAAAGCAGGCAACGUAAAGAACAUUGGCAGAAAUGGCAAAAGUAUUGUAGCCAUCCUGGGAUUGUGUUGCUUGCUGGGGAUCACAUGGGGUUUUGCCUUCUUCGCUUACGGUGUCCUCCGAAUCCCUGCUUACUACAUUUUCACGGUCCUCAAUUCUUUCCAAGGUUUCUUCCUGUUCAUCUACUACUACAACACCAGCCACUCAGGAGAAAUAAACAGAGGCGAGAAUGGUCAUAAAAACACCAGCACCUCCAGCACCCUUAAAACCAACCUGGACAGCUUCGAGAACCCCUACAUCAACCUACCAGACACAAAAUAAACCCUUGCAAGAUGAAUGGGGACUAAAGAUCGAUGAAGAGGCAGUGGUAGAAGUACUCAGAUCUUUUACUUAAAUAAAAGUAACAAAAACCAGUGAAAAAAUACUCCUUUACAAGUAAAAGUCCAGUAUUCAAAAAUUAAAAGUAAGACGUACGAACCAUCAGUAGAAAGAAAAUAGUUCCUACAUGAAACUGUUCACAAGGUCUGUGGAUUAUCUUAAGUAACCGUGUCGUGAUUUCUGGAAAGAGACUUUGCUGUUUUUCAAAUUAAUUUUUUUUGCCGCUUUGAGCACAAGCCGAGUGCCAUGUAGUCCCAUUAUAUUCAAAAAAGGCAGAAAUCUCUACAGCUGAUAUCUCCAAUACUUUGCAGCUGACAACAAAACAAUCUAGAUGGAUAAAGAGCACUACAGGUAAGAGGAAAAAAUAUUUUUUGGGGGGGUGAACUGUCCCUUUAAAGUAUCAAAUUUUUUUUUCUAAAUUACAUUUUCAGGCCCCUCUGAUCUCCAACCUACAUACAAAAUAUCAUCAGUUGUGGAGAUACUGGUGAAAAAUUGUUUCCUCUCAAACAGGACAUUGAUAAUUGCAAAUAAGGUGACAUAUCUAAAAUAUUGUACAUCCUGUUCGACCCGUAAGAACUUGCUGUAUGUAAAAGCUUGCUUUGACUGUUUGAAAUAUUAGGAGAUGAGGAACAUGAGAAAAUAAGAAUCCUUUAUUCAGUUUAAUUAAUACUAACAUUAAAACAAACAUUAUGCAUCAAUAUACACAUUUUCAAACAACUCAUUUUAAAUUGGGAAAUUAUUGUACACUUUUACAACAAGAGAGCUUCUGCUUCCUUGAGAGCUUUUUCCAUUUCAGCAGCCUCCAGGGAAAAGUUCUCCCUUUCCUGCAUCAUAUGUUCCCGUGCUUUAGCGAGUUCUGUCAUUGUAGUUUGGAUUUCCUAAAGUGUGUACAAUGAGGAACAUUUAAAAUACACUCCAACCAUUCCUUAAAUCAACUACUACAAAUAGCAAAGUUACAUAGUCAACGAGUUUGACUCACCUCUAACCGAGCACGUUGCUGUGAUGCAAUGUCUCCAAACGCUUUUAAUUCAUGCAGCAGGUCUGUGGAGACACUCUGAAAUAGAGAAAAUGGAAGUUGUGUUUACUAGACGGCACUGCCUUUGAUAGCCAAAAAGCCUGUAACCCUUUAUGUGUAGAACACAAGUAUAGUGUACAUUUGAAUUAUUUAUAUAUAACAGGUAAUAUUUUUUCUCAAUUUUCUGUAAUUGUGUGGUAAUGUGGCAUGGAACUGAUAACUGCAUGUUUCUACUGUAAUUUCACCUAUUUUCCAGUUUGUAGUUAUUUGUGUGAGUUUGAUUCAAAUGCGCUUUGAUUUGAAGUUUGAUAAAGCAUAUGGUAAAUAAAACAUGACUGUACGUAUAACAUCAAGUAAACUGAAAUAAAAUAUAUUAAUAUGUA